CCUACUGCACGGAAAUGUCAUUUGUCGUCAACAAUUAAAAAAUGUCGGAAUCGUGUCAAGACGGUAUAAAUUGUCAUGGAAUUAACGAUUAUGGACCCGAGGAAUCGCCCACCAAACUUAUUGUCAAUUACAUACCUGAAGUUAUGACCCAGGAUAUGAUGUAUUCAUUAUUUUCUACAAUGGGCAAACUAGAAAGUUGUAAACUGAUCGCAAACCGAGGGUACGGAUUCGUAGAGUACACCUCGCCAGAAGACGCUGUAAAGGCACGCAAGGCUUUCAAUGGACUUCUAAUGCAAAACAAGACGCUGAAAGUGUCUCACGCAUUACUCAAUCCAGAACUGAAACCUCCUACGAAACCGGAAGCAGACUGGAACUUGUACGUGUGUAACCUGCCGAAUGAACUGACCUUGCAAGACUUACAUGGACUUUUUGCACAAUAUGGUAAAAUAGUUAAUUCACGUAUAGCGGCUGGAAUAGCGUUUGUUCUAUACGAGCAUCAAUAUGAAGCAGAAAGAGCCAUUCAAAAUACAAAUGGUACCACACCUCCUGGCUUUUUACACCCACUAACUGUUAAGUAUGCUAAUAAGAGUAACCCUAAUAAACAUAAAAACAAUAAUAAUAACUUCUCUAGAAAUCCUUUGGUGAAACCUUAUCAUUGGAUAAACCACAUGGGUGCUAUGGGUGACCACAACUCUCCCAGUACAUGGUCUAUUUAUGUUUAUAAUAUUGCCCCAGAAGUAGAGGAACUGACUCUCUGGCAAUUAUUUGGACCUUAUGGUGCUAUUGUGUCAGUAAAAAUUAUCAAAGAUCAUCAAACAAAUAAAAGUAAAGGGUUUGGAUUUGUGACCAUGAGAAAUUACGACCAGGCAGCCAUGGCCAUACAGGCAGUGAACGGGUAUGUCUUGCACGGACAGCCGCUGUCUGUUAGUUUCAAAACUCAAAAGAGAUAAUGCUAUGACUAUACCUUUAAUCACAAUAUCAGUACUAAAAUAAAUGGACAAAAAGAAUACCUUAUCAUCAAUUUGCCUUAAUAUACAAUAUUGCAUAAAAUAGUACCAAUUCCCAACCCUUUACUGCAGAUAAGUGUGAGGCAUGUAAACACUUGUUGAAAUUAUUAUAUUACUUUGAGCUAUCAAUAUUGUUAAGUUUGUUUCUUGUAUUACGGAUAAUAAUUUAUUCAGUUUGCUCGUUAAAAGUUUACUAGAAGUUAAAGAUGUAUUUGACGAUGAUUGUUGUUGGGAAGUUCAUUAUCAUUUGUGAGCUACUGUGCUUCAUUAUUUUUAUCUAUUAUUUAAGUAUAAUAAACAAUUUUAAUGAAAGUGCUUUUACAAGAUCUUACUAAUUGAUAAGCCACAUUGAGAUGUUUAAUCAGCUACUAGUUUUAGUUGUACACUUUUUUAUAACAUGAUGUCUACGUAGGUAGUGAAACGAAAUCUAGAUUAUAUCAUAUUUAUACAUUUAGUAUAAAAUUUGCUGAAUUAAAGUUCAUUUUCACAAUUUUA